AUGCAGGACCCUGUGAUUUACCGGUGCAACCCUGCUACGCACCACCGCACACGCGAUGCCUGGGUCAUAUAUCCAACAUAUGACUUUGCUUGCCCGAUUUUGGAUUCGAUAGAAGGUGUUACUCACGCCCUGAGGACCACUGAAUACAGAGAUCGCAACCCUCAUUACCAGUGGAUGCUCGAUAGUCUUCAGUUUCGCGCUGUGCAAGUUUGGGAUUUCGCCCGCAUGGACUUCAUCCGCACCCUGCUUUCGAAGCGAAAGCUGGCCGAGCUGAUAUAA